AUGGAGAAUGAGGUGGUCAGAGUGUUGGUCACUGAUCAGGAGCAGCAAGGGCAGUGGCAAGGGCAAGGUGGAUGGCAUCGGCCUACAUUAGCAUUGACUAGCCAACAAAAAAACCUCAUUGCGCAGUUUCUUCUACAGCGAAGUACCGCUGGAGUGCUGCCAAGAGGUUCUUGUGCAGAGGCUGCCAAUAAAUUCAACAUCCACAAAAGGACAGCAGAGAGAAUAUGGCACAUCAGUAAGCAGCAGAUAGACAGAGGGGAACCUGUCAUGAUGCAAGGCAAAGUAACAGGUUAUCAACACAAAGACAAACUCAUGUUAGAUGAAGACAAGUUUAGAAACCUGUCCAUGCUUGAGAGAUCAACCAUAAGGAAGGUUGCUUCUAAGAUGGAAGUAAGCAAGACAACAAUUGGUAGAUUUCUUAAGAGUAAUCAAUUGAAACCUCAUACAAGUGCUAUCAAGCCUACACUUACUGAAACCAACAAAAUUGCAAGGAUGAAAUGGUGUCUUUCUCAUAUUCAGCCUACAAUCGUUGAAGGUAAACUUCUUUACCAUUCAAUGCACAACAUUGUUCAUAUUGACGAGAAAUGGUUCUACAUGACAAAGACAUCAGAUAGAUACUACCUGUUGUCGGAUGAAGAUGUGCCAUACAGGUCCUGUAAGUCCAAGAGAUUCAUCACUAAAGUGAUGUUCAUGGCUGUUGUGAGUAGGCCACUUUGUGGGCCUGAUGGAGACAUCAUAUUCGAUGGUAAAAUAGGGUUAUUCCCAUUUACAGAACAGAUACCAGCCCAAAGAAGUUCAAAGAACAGGCCAAAAGGGACAAUGGAGACAAAGCCUAUUCAGUCAAUUACCAAGGAAGUCAUGACAGCUUGUCUCCUAAACCAGCAAGAUAAUGCCAAACCUCACCUUAGAGCAGCUGAUCAUCAGUUUGAGGCACUUGCAAGUACUGAUGGAUUUGAAUUCCAUCUAAUUAGCCAACCACCCAACUCCCCAGACACAAAUGUGUUAGACCUUGGGUAUUUCAGGGCAAUACAGUCACUACAAGAUGACAAGAUGGCCACAAGUGUAGAUGAUUUGCUUAGAAAUGUGUUUACCUCAUUUGAAGAACUCUCACCACAGACUCUGAAUAGAGUAUUCAUCACUUUGCAAAGCUGUUUGACAGCAAUAUUACAAGUGCAUGGGAAGAAUGACUACAAGAUCCCUCAUAUGAACAAGAACAGAUUGGAAAGAACAGAGGGGUUGCCUUUACAACUUCAGGUUGAAGAAGGUUGGUGA